AUGGCUCCGGCCAUCGAAAUAUCCAUUCCAACAACUACCCUCUCCACGACCCCUAGCCCUUACACCAUCUAUAACAUCUCCAUUAGACUCCCAUUAUGUACAUUUACUGUCCAGAAGCGCUAUUCAGAAUUUCUUGCCUUCCAUGCCUCAUUAUCAAGCCAAGUAACCGCCCCCCCGCCCGCGCCUCUACCUGGAAAAUCCUGGUUCACGAACACGAACUCCAACCCAGUAUAUCGAGAGAAGCGCAGGGAGGGGCUGGAAGCGUAUCUGCGUGCCAUCAACGAGGCUGAAGACCCGCAAUGGCGUAAUUCAAGUGCUUGGCGCGCAUUUCUCAAUCUGCCCAGCGCUGCUCGGAGCAACGGCUCCUCUCGUGCCUCAUCACGUUUACAUGCUGCGGUCAUGACACCAGGAGCCGGCGGAAAUGCAGGCCCUAUCACAGACCCGGUUACCUGGCUCGAUUGCUACCGCGAUGUAAAGUCACAACUCCACGAUGCUAGACUCUAUCUCACACGUCGCGAUCAGGCUGCCACUCCACAGAAACAACACGAGUGCUCUGCGCAGGCGAAGAGCAGCCUUGUUCGAGUGGGGACGUUGCUGACUGGCUUGGAUGACGGGUUGAAGAAUUUGGGCAACAGAUCUACGUGGGGUGGUGAUAAGCUGGGUAGUGGUGAGCUGAGGCGAAGGAAGGACCUGCUCUCCAGUGCUCGGAAGGAAAGAGAUGGAUUAGAAAAUUUAUUGAAUUCCAUGUCCGCCAAGGCGAAGUUGGACAAUGCCGUUGCAUCGGUGCAGGAUAAAGAAGCUCUUGUCGGGGCGUCAAAACCCCGACCAGGCCGGAUAUUGGGCAAAGAGACGGAUCAGACGAGGGAGCUAGACAACCAGGGCGUCUUGCAGUUGCAGAAGCAGGUCAUGGAGAAUCAGGAUGUGAGCUUGGAGGAUCUACGGAAGGUUCUAGCGCGCCAGAUGGAAUUGGGAGUUGCGAUUAAUAGUGAGUUAGAGAUUCAGAAUGAGAUGCUUAAGAUGGUGGAUGAGGAUGCGGACAGAGUAAACCGCAAGGUCGAAAUUGGGAAAAUGAGAGUUGGAAAGAUAUCCUAG